CAGCCACGCACCGAGCCUCAGGGGCGCAACUCUCCGCCUUCAUUUACCACCCCGCUUAUUCGAGACAGCCCUGCGCCCGCCCCCAUACGCUGCACCCAAAUCACAGCCACCGACACAUCUCUAAUCCCCCUUCAUUCUCUCUCUCUCACCGCCCAGGUGUCUCUCCACCAUGUCCACCUCUGAAAAUUCUUCCCCGACAGAUUUCGCUUUCGAGCCCCCGGCCCUGCCGUCCGCCGACCACCCCUUCGUCUCUCCCGGCACCUACAAAGCCGACCCUUUACGCCAGACGUCCUACGACCCCUCCCUCCCGACCGGCUCCUUCACCCCCGCCGCCGCCAACCCCCCAGUCGGCGGCUACUUUGGCGACACUUCCUACCAACCCCAACCCGGCUCUGGCCAGGGGCAAUACGGAGCUCUCAAUUCAGCGCAGUCGAGUUUCUCGUCGGCGUCGGGCAGUGCGGCGGGUGGGUCUUUUUCGUCCGUCGACUUGCCGGGACCGAGUUUACCUGGUAUUUCCAAAGAGUUUUCGCGCCCUUCCCUGGCCGAUACGCGUCGGCCGGCGACCGCCAGUGUCAUCCAGACAAGAGGCCAGUACGGCGACUAUAUGAUUGGCGGCGGUGAAGACCCGCGCAGACUUUCGCAACGGCACGUCCAGCAUCUCUCGCCGGACGAAAAAGACGAGGAUGACGAGGGCAAUUCGUCGGAUACGGAGAAUGUGUCGCCCGAGACGGUAUACAUGCCGAGCAACAAUAGGCGGGCGAGCGAACCGCAUUUCAACUUGCCAGGCAACGGGCAGAACUGGAACCAGUUCCCGCCUUCAGCGUCGCACGAUGCAUCCGGCGGGGGGGCAUUCGGCUUGCCUUCUGCUCCCGCGCACGUGAGCCCCAUGGGCGGCUACCUCCAACAACAACAACAAACCACCCACCUCCCCGCCUCCCACUUUUCCCGACCCUCCUUCUCGAACCGUCCCCAAACGUCGGACGGGCUCCCGUCGUAUACAAACACCAUCACCCUGCCCCCGGCGUCGUCCAUCGCGCGGCACGUAUCGGGCGGCGGGAACGACUCGCCCUUCUUCCACCACCCCCCAGGCGCGAGGGGGUACGAAGGGACGUUCCCCGGGAACAGGAGUUUUGCGUUUGACGGCCAGAUCAGGCCGCCGGUACCGCCCGCCAUCCCCGGCGGUAUCCGGCCCUCCUACAUCCCCCCUCCCCACCCCAUGCUCAAACCCGACCUCGCGCCCUCUGACCAGAUGGGCUACAUGUCCCUCUCCUCCGGCGUCCUCCCUCCCACGUCUCUUCCUUCUGGAGGCGGCGUCGGCGGGGGGGGGAGCAGUGGUGCGGGCCAGCCGAGAAAAAGGCCGAGGAGGCGGUAUGAGGAGAUUGAGAGGUUGUACCAUUGUGGAUGGAAUGGGUGUGAGAAGAGUUAUGGGACGUUGAAUCAUUUGAAUGCGCAUGUGAUGAUGCAGAAGCAUGGUGAGAAGCGGUUGCCUGCCGAAUUCAAAGAGAUGCGAAAAGCGUGGAGAAAGAAGAAGCGCGACUCUGCCACCGCCACCGCCAACGCCAACUAUCUCACCCAAGCCUCCGCAUGGCAAGCAAACCAGAACCGUCUCUCCCUCUCCGCCAACUCGUCGUCCGGCGAAUCUGACUGGGACCGCCGGGAUUCGACGUCCUCCGCCUUCUCCGUCGGGUCCGAGCGCGCGGGGUCGUUCGCAGCGGCGCAGGGGAUGGGCAUGCCCCUCAUGGGCGGUGUGCCCGGCGCGGGGUAUGCGGGAGGUGGUGCGGGGUGGGGUGUACCCGUACCCGGGGUGGCGGGGGUGCCGAUGCAGGGUGUGGGUGUGCCGAUGCAGGGGAUGAUGCAGAUGGGUCCCGGGUUUGGCAACGGCGUGAUCGUAGAUUCUCGGCCGUCCACCGCGGGGUCAAUGUCGGGUGCGACUGCACACGGCGGUCACGCUCUACCUCUACCUCAUCCGCAUCACCAACACCAACACCCUCAUCACCCCCACCCAGGCCACGCAAGCCACCACCCGGGUGCGGGCGUCCAACCAACAUUCUUCGUCAACCCCCCUCCGCCGCAAUCGCUCCCCUCCCUCUCUUCCUCUUCCACCGCCUCCACCCCCGGCCCCACCUCUGCUUCUGCUUCUGCUUCCGGCCCCGGCGCAGGCGCUAUAGGCAACCGCCGCCCCAGCGCGCCGAACCAUCUACCGUUACCAGACCCGAACCUGCUCGAUGGCUUUAGAGUGACGGAAGAUCACGCGACGCCGACGGCGGGGAACCCGUUCCCGCCUGGGAGUGCGCCGGGGACGAGGCCGUCGUCUUCCCAUGCCCAGGGGCAGCAGCAGCAAGGGGGCGAAGCGCAGGGGCAAGGGCAGGCGCAAGGGGGGCAGGGGAAGGGGUUUGCGACGUUGAAUAGCCCGGUUAAUGGGAGUGCGGAUUAUGGGCAGUUUGCUUUCCAGCGUUAGAGGGAUGGUGGGGUUUGUCUUUUGAUGUUUUGAUGUCGGGACAAUUCUUGUUUCUAAUUUAUACACGGUUCUAUACCAGCCUGUUCCUCUCUCUUCUUUCGAUCGCCUAUUUUCUCUUCUGAUUUAGAUUAAACUUUCUCUCUUUUCCUUCUUCCCUGUCUCUUAUUUUCUUACCAAACAAUCGUCUUUUGUUUCAUGUUACUGUAGCAUCUAGCAAAAACCAUUUCUCUCUUUCUCUUUCUCUCUUCUUUUGUUUUUCCACUUUUGUGCUUUCGAGGCGAGGAUAGAUUAGAUGGGCGUCAUUGAUUUCGGCGAUAUACCAAACCAAACGAACGAAGAAAAGGGGGCGUUCUCGCCCUUCUCGGGCGCAGACUUUUCUAUAUCUAGAUCUAGGCUUUUUUGCAUUGAAUUUACUAGCAUCGGGUGGACAAAGUGGCAUGUAAUCUGACUGUUUUUGGCAUACACAUUCGACAAUUUUGCUGUGUUUGAAACGAUAGAAGACUGGAAGGCUUGGUGUUUGAGCGAGACCGGGAAGGAGGCUCGUCUGCGUUUGCUCAAAGCGAGAUGUACG